AUGUCUCUCUCCAACAAGCUCGCCAUCACCGACGUCGACCUCAAGGGCAAGCGCGUCCUCAUCCGCGUCGACUUCAACGUCCCCCUCGACGCCGACAAGAAGAUCACCAACAACCAGCGCAUUGCCGGCGCCGUUCCCACCAUCAAGUACGCGAUCGACAAUGGCGCCAAGGCCGUCGUCCUGAUGUCCCACCUGGGCCGCCCCAACGGACAGGAGAACCCCAAGUACAGCCUCGAGCCGGUUGUUCCCGAGCUCGAGAAGCUCCUCGGCAAGUCCGUCCAGUUCGCCAAGAACUGCGUCGGCCCUGACGUCGAGGCUAUCGUCAACAAGGCCGACAACGGCCAGGUUGUCCUGCUCGAGAACCUGCGCUUCCACAUCGAGGAGGAGGGUUCCGCCAAGGACAAGGACGGCAACAAGACCAAGGCUGACAAGGCCAAGGUUGACGAGUUCCGCAAGGGACUCACUGCUCUCGGUGAUGUCUUCAUCAACGACGCUUUCGGCACUGCUCACCGUGCCCACUCCUCCAUGGUCGGUGUCGACCUCCCUCAGAAGGCCUCUGGCUUCCUCAUGAAGAAGGAGCUCGAGUACUUCGCCAAGGCCCUCGAGAACCCCAAGCGUCCCUUCCUCGCCAUCCUCGGUGGUGCCAAGGUCUCGGACAAGAUCCAGCUCAUCGACAACCUGCUGGACAAGGUCAACACCCUCAUCGUUUGCGGUGGCAUGGCCUUCACCUUCAAGAAGACCCUUGAGAACGUCAACAUUGGCAACUCCCUCUUCGACGAGUCUGGCGCCAAGACCGUCGGCAAGCUCGUCGAGAAGGCCAAGGCCAACAACGUCGAGCUCGUCCUCCCCGUCGACUACGUCACCGCCGACAAGUUCGACAAGGACGCCAAGACCGACUCUGCCACCGACGAGUCUGGUAUUCCUGACGGCUGGAUGGGUCUCGACUGCGGCCCCAAGUCCAUUGAGCUGUACAAGAAGGCCAUCAACGACGCCCAGACCAUCCUCUGGAACGGUCCCCCCGGUGUCUUCGAGAUGGAGAAGUUCGCCAACGGCACCAAGGCCACCCUCGACGCCGCCGUCGCUGCUUCCGAGAGCGGCAAGAUCGUCAUCAUCGGUGGUGGUGACACGGCCACCGUUGCCGCCAAGUACGGUGUCGAGGACAAGCUCAGCCACGUCUCCACCGGCGGUGGUGCCAGCUUGGAGCUCCUCGAGGGCAAGGCCCUCCCUGGUGUCGUUGCUCUGUCGAGUAAGUAA